CUGUUACAUUUGGCGUCGUAGACAGGAUGGUGUGCUCAACGCUACAGCCCCUAGCCCAGUGAGGUGAGCUACGAGUUUCAGCUUCUCUGGUUGACAAGCCGAGCUAUAACUGAGGCAGCAAGUUCACUGGAGGAAGAUGGAGUUGGAGGAGCUGCGUAAGGAGCUGGAGGCCGUGAAGGCAGCACUGCAGGCCCACGAGAAGAGUGCAGUUGGCAGUUCAUCCACCCCGUCAUCCACCCCAUCAUCCACCGCGCCCAAGCAGAUCUAUGUUGCCUCAGGACGGAGAUUGGAGCGUUUCCGGAAUGCCCCAGAGAAGUCCGGAGACCCGUCCAUCCGGGAGUGGGUGAGCGAUGUCAGGGGACAACUGGCAUCCAGGCAGCUGACCACUGAAGAGGGUGCUUCGUUCAUCCUCGACCACCUUGCUGGGAAGGCCCGUCAGGAGGUACUAGGGCGAGGAGACGAGGUGGCAGCCGAACCCGAGGAAAUCUUCAGGGUACUACUAAAGGUCUUUGGGGAUGGCGACACACUCCCACAGUUGCAGCAGAAAUUUUUCUCAUACCGCCAGGGACCACAGGAAGACCUACUCACUUGUUCGCUUGAGCUGGUGGAGCUCUUCACCAGGAUGGCGAAACUAGAUGAGGCUUGUGAGGCAUCUAGAGAAAGGACACUCAAGGGCCGACUCGCGGAGGCAGUUCGCGAUGAGGGCCUACAGCGGGAGCUACGCAGGCUCAAUAUGGAAGCCCCCACCCUGUCCUUCUUUGAUGUCAGGGAUCGCGCUAUCGAGUGGCUGGGUCGGAGACAAGGAAAUCUCCGGAAGGAGGCUGCAGUGCAGGAAGUAAAGGCUGCAGAUAGUACAUGUGAUAUGAAGGCUUUACUCGAGAAGCAGGGGCAACAGCUGCAGCACCAACAGCAGCAAAUAGAUGCCCUCAUCAAGGCCCUCAGUGAGAGACCACGGGGAUGGAGUCAGCCGCAACCCCGCAGGUGCUACACUUGUCAGUCAACAGGGCAUUUGAAGCGUAACUGCCCUCACCGCCCACGUGGUAAUGGAUCUCCUUCAGAGCAAGCCCAACGAAGUAUGUUCAACCCCCGUGCUCAACAGUUUACUCCAGAGCAGUCCGUUCCCCAGCAGUCUACCCAGCCGCAGUUUGUUCCCCAGCAUCCUUCCUUCCAACAGCCAUUAAACUAGGUCGGCCUGCCAUUGUGAGC